AAGAAUCGUUGCUGUACGGAGGAACUAUCUGGGGCCCCUUCCACGGUUUUUAGCUCGAUAAGGCUCGAGUGCGAAUACGGAGUGUGGAGAGCAUUCAGAUCCAAACUUUGGCUUCUCCACACACUCUUUUUCUCGCGUCCCCCUUCUCUCCCAGUCAAUGCCGUGCUGGAGUGCUACUGGGCCAGGGACGAUUUCCAGCAAGUCCAUUUGUCCACAGCUGGACAGACUUUUCUCCAAACAUGCCAUAGUGGCUAAAUAGUGCGAAUCGUUUUUCUUUUUUCUGGGCUUUUACGGGUCAACGAUUUCCACAUCAAGAAGAUGACCCCAUCUCUGGCUUCCGGCGCUCUGGUGCCAUCCGCUAACCAUAUUCCCUGCAAAUCACACCCGUUGGAAAUCCCCCAGUUUCCGCCCCAGGCCCUGAUUCUUUACAUAGAAAUCCUUGAUGCCACCCGAUCAGCAGUCAGCUCUGACUUCAAACUAGCCGGAACAAGGCCCCGUCCGCCUGCUUCCCACCCUGGACGAGCACGAUCUCAUCCGUGCUCAGAUGCAUGUUGUCUAACUUCUUCGCAUAUCUGGCCGCCACUGACGACAUGGCGAUCAGCUUUCUUUUUAAUGUAGAUCUUCUUUUCUCCUUUGAAGCAAACCUGCGAAGCUGCUGUUAUACCUAAACACGCUAUCUCUACAAACGCUGUUUAUCAUCUUCUCUUGAAGACUACUCACGGAACUUGGCUCCCGCAACUGUCACACCUCUGUCCUCUGAGAAUUGGAAAGGCGAUAUGGAGAGCUCUGAUGCGUCCGGAUUCCACAGGGAGGGUGGUUACUCGACACCGGGCCCGAAUACGUGGAAUAUACCGUCAGCUGCGUUUCCAACUCCGUCGAACAUUUCAUUAACUCCGCACUAUCCCAACACACUUGCGUUAUGGCAUAAUCCGCACCAUAUUCAUCCCUCCUCUGAUUCCCAAGAUUUUCGACCUCAACCUCAGGUUCCUCAGAGGCCCCCGGAACAGAAACGGCACAAAAGGACCAAAAGUGGCUGUUUCACCUGUCGCGCACGCCGAGUAAAGUGUGAUGAGACUCGCCCUAUUUGCGAGCGUUGCGGUAAAGGAAAGCGAGAGUGCAACUACCCUCCGGCUCCAAUUUUAAAGAAAGAUAGUCGAUCAAAUAUGAAGAAAAGCGAGAAGUAUCCUUCAAUUCGAGAAUCCGAAUCAGAGGAGGCUAGUCACAAUGAUGCUAGCACGGGCACCCAAGACUCGUGGAAGCGGGAUAUUCAACCGCGACAGAUGAAAGAAACCUCAAAGCAGAGUGCGUUUGCCCAGAGACAUCAAGUUCAACCUCUCGCACGAAGGAAGAUACGCCAGUCGUCCGAGACGGGUUCGAGUCUAGCAGAUACGACAUGUGCAUCUCCAUCAAGCGAUAUCACUGGACUAUCGACGGAAUCACCCAGCCCGGCAGCUUGCAGUGAUUUAGAUUCUCACUCGCUACCACCCUCCACCCCUUCUGACUUGUCUGUCUUGACACCGGACGUUACCUUUUUCAUCGCUUAUCGCAAACAACACAUAAAUUAUCACCACUAUCUUCUUAAAUCCCAUGCAGCAAAAUUCUUAGGUGAGGACAUGAUGAGCUACGCUAUGGGCUAUGAGCCUUUGCUAUAUGCCGUCGUUGCAUUUUCCGCAUAUCAUUACUCAAUUGCACAUCCCAACGGAAAGCUUUACACCUUUCUUCAGUACUACAACAAGUCGGUCUCGCUACUCUUAAACUCGCUCCGAGGGGGUGAGAAGCAUAACGAUGCUAUGCUUUUAACUAUUCUUCAGCUAGCUGCAUUUGAGGAGCUUGUCGGGGACUGGGUGAACCUCAUCGACCACCAUCAAGCUGCCCACCGCAUGCUGGUAGACCUUUAUACUCCGGAAAGUAUCAAUGUCGAUUAUUUCCAUCGUCAUAUCCUGCUCUGGUACACCAGAUAUGAUGUGAUGGCUGGUUUGAUGUCAGGGAACUCGAUGGUUUUGAGUCGUGAGUGGUAUAUGGCAGACGAGGAAUUCUCAAUGCAAGAUUCUAUGGUCCAUCCGCAUGACUUGAACAAGAAGGUUAUGGCGUGGGGUGCAAGGUGCCGACGAUUCGGAAUGGACAUGGCAUCGUUAUUUGCGAAAAUAACCCAAGGCCUCAUUACACUUGAGCAGUUUAUAGAGGAGAAGGCGAUUGUUGAUGACGCUCUCGAGGAAUUGCGGCAGUUUCUGGAAUCGAUGAAGGAUCCAAGAUAUCUAGUGCUCUCCUAUCCACAUCAACAGCCACUUGAACCUGGAGAUGUUUUUGACCCUUACGUGCCCGGAGUUAUCUAUGGCGAUGAGCUAUGGGACGUUAACUUCUGCGCAAUGGAAUUGAUAACAACAACCCUGUUAUAUAAGUACCAAAUAGGGGCGAUACUGAAAAACAUGGACCACUCAGAGUUGUAUGAGAUGGCCAAGGAACAAGCUCAGAGGAUUGAAACAUUGAAUCGCUGGCCGAACUGUCCUGAAGAAAUGCAUCUUCGGUUUAUGUCCCCUUUGGGAAUGGUCGUACUUCUUCUGCCUCACGACGAGGAGCAUAUUAUGUGGUGUCGAAAGAAGUUGGCUCGCAACGAGCAGUUAGGAUAUAUCUAUCCUCCAGCGAUGCGUAUGAAGCUGGCCGACUUCUGGAAAAUCCCGGAGGUGAAGAACUGGUGGCUUCCCAAUGACGAAGGCUAUCCAAGGAUUGUCCAGGACAUCAGGGCAUGGACGAAGGAACGCAUCACAGAUCCAAGGGAUACAUUCCGUGAAGCCGUUCGGGAUAUUAAAGCGGUGUUUGGGAACAUGAGUUUGGAAGACAGCAGCAGCCCAGGGACCUCUCCGAGUGUCAAUAGUGCGGUGGGGCUCUCGCCGCGACAAUCGCCGCAGGAUCUCAGGCCAAGAUGACGCACGUGGAAUUUUAUGCGGAGCUUAGAAUUAAGGAAUAUUCCAGUCUAGACAAUGGAUUCCCGCUGGACCAAGCUGAUUUCGACGAUUAUAUUCUACCAUGAAGCGGAGCCUUGUAGCUUCGUCUCGAAUUCUGUCAUCUGUGAACCCAGUCUCCCUUGAACAUAUUGGAGGAUUGGGAAUCGGCUCUGUUACUGUUUCUCUCAUUCAAAGGAGCUGUUUGCAGAUACUGCCGAUGUCUUGGUCCAUGGCAUAGCAUUGGGUAUCGUCGAAGAGUCCACGGAAAAUACUGAGCUUAUCUGUCUGUAUUAAUUUCUGCCAUUUGAUGCUGGUUGAUUCCACAAUGUCCCUAGCCCGUUUGGUUAGUUGAUCAGCAUCGAGAGUUCUCGGUUCGCAUAACACCAGCAACCAUUAAAUGAUGGCAAGAGAUCCUACAUCGUGGUUCAAUAAAGCUACCUUUUUGUCCCC